AUAUAAACUAGCACUGACCGUAUUGAGUCAGCUGCUAAGAAAAGACAGUUCAAAGAAAGUUUCCAAAUUCUUAAUUUUUUUAUUAUUAUGGAAGGUCUUUGAAAAUAUUCAAAGAUGCCACACUUUUAAAUCAUCAAAUUUCCAUAGGUUACUGAAGAGAUUCACCCCAAUUUUAUCAUUUAUAAUCUAUAUAAAAUAGAAGGAAAACAACAUAUCAAAAUAACGUCAAAAUUUUCAUCACUUGUGGAAAAGUUAGUGAAAGUAUAAUAUUUAAACAUCAGAGGUUAUUUGUUUACCUAGGUACGUUAGUCAUGUCAACCUUUAAAUUGUUCAAUAGAUUGUGCUUUACAAUGGAAUAAUCCGAGUGGUAUUUGAAGAAUGUACUAGAUUUGCCCAAUCUUAAUGAAUCUUGAAAGAUUUCAAAUUGUUAUAAAUCUGUUCCUGCUUGCUUCGAGUUUUAAAGAUGGAAUGUGUCUAAGUAAUGGAUUGGCUUUGACGCCCCCAAUGGGAUGGCUUUCUUGGCAAAGGUAUAGGUGCAAUAUAGAUUGUACCACAUAUCCUGAUGAAUGCAUAAGCGAGAAACUGUAUCGUAAGAUGGGAGAACUGCUCAUCAGUGAAGGCUACCAUGCAAAAGGCUAUCAAUACAUAAUAAUAGACGACUGCUGGCUGGCCAAAGAGAGAGACAAGGAUGGAAAAUUGCAGGCCGAUCCUGACCGCUUUCCAAAUGGCAUCAAAAGUUUGGCAGACUUUAUGCAUCAAAAAGGUUUGAAGCUGGGAAUUUACGAGGACUACGGCACGGAAACAUGUGCUGGCUACCCGGGAAUGAUAGGGAAUAUUGCUAAAGAUGCAAAGACUUUCGCAGAGUGGGAAGUUGAUUAUGUCAAAAUAGACGGAUGUAAUAGUGACCCCGCCUGUAUGGAUCAUGGAUACAUAGAAUUUGGCCGUUAUCUGAACUAUUCUGGCCGUCCGAUUGCUUAUUCUUGCAGUUGGCCCGCUUAUCAAGAGGAGGAAGGGAUAGCGCCAAACUACACCUCCGUAAUGGAGACUUGCAACCUUUGGCGGAACUAUGAAGACGUCCAGGAUUCGUUUCAUAGCAUAAAGUCAAUAAUCAAACACUAUGGAGAGAAGCAAGACAUCUAUGCUAAAUUCGCUGGUCCCGGACACUGGAAUGAUCCAGAUAUGUUGAUCAUAGGCAAUUUCGGUCUGAGUUUUGACCAGAGCAAAUUGCAAAUGGCGAUGUGGGCCAUCCUGGCCGCACCCCUUAUGAUGUCAGUCGAUCUGGCAAAUGUCAAGAAAGAGUUCAAAGAGAUUCUGCAAAACGAGGCCAUCAUAGCUGUCAAUCAGGAUGCUCUGGGGGUACAGGGACGCAGGAUAUAUAAGAGUUGCCAACCUGCGUUUUUGCCAUCCAUAAACGCUGGGUUUCUAUGGAAUCAAUUAUCAGCCAAUGGCAUAAUGAGAUGCCAGGGAACGGAGAAUUCAGUAGAAGUUUGGGCCAAACCGAUUACACCGGUGGACGGUAACUAUUAUUCUUAUGCCUUGGCGUUCAUCAGUUUCCGUACAGAUGGUGUGCCAUAUGCCUUCAGUGCCACCCUAGAAGAUUUGGGACUCUACUCACCCAAAGGAUAUUUGAUACAGGACCUGUACGAGCCCAACGACAUUGGUUUUCCCGUGGUUGGACUGGAAACAGCCAUCAAUAUCAAAGUCAAUCCAUCUGGUGUUGUUUUUCUCAGAGCUAAACUGCAAAACGUCAAAUGCAACAAGAAGAAUCCAAACAGCCAUGGAAAUCAGAAUAUUUCUUACAUUUGACAAGUGUUCAAACAUGAAUAAAUGCAAUAAUAUCUGAA